AUGAUUUUUACCGUUAGCGCAAGACAGUCGAACAAUCUAAUAUCCUCAACGCCUUCAUCACAAACAUCAAUAUCACAACUUGCACCUUUGUCUUCAUCCAUAACCAUUGAAAUCAAAAAUUUGUCAUUAAAUUCAGCAAGCGAAACAUCACUCAACCAAAUUGAUACUCAAUCCACAAAUAGUUUUGGUUAUAAAAUAAGAGAAACGAGAGAAGUUGGACCAAACGUGCUCUACAAGGAUUGGGAAUGGGUUAGAAAAGAAGAUUUGCCCGAUCCAAGAUAUCAACUUCCUGACGAUAAUCCAGAUGAUUAUAUGCAAAUUGAUGAUGAUUCCGACGAAAUUUCUUCAUGGGAAAAUGAAGUUAUGCUUGGAAACGAUAGUGACGACAACGAUGUAGUAAUGGAAAUAAUGAAAGAUGGAGAAAUUUUCGAAUCAGAAAACUAUACUGGUCGUUCCAACUCCCUGACAGGGUUGUCAAAUGCUCACAAAGCUUUACGUCGGUCGAGCAGCACUCCGCAAAUCGACUCUUGCGACUAUACGGCAAAUAAGAAUUUCCGACAAUGCAAAGAAACCCAAAGAAAUUCUUUUAGUUUCACGAAUAGCAAUGCAAUUGUCAACGGAACUUCAAACAAAGGAAAAGAGAAAGAAAUAGGGCGAAGUUUCUUCGAGUCUAAUACGGAAAAGGCGUUCGUCAUCAAUGUAACAUCUAAUAAAGGGAAGGAGAAAGUAAUGGGUUUGAAUUUUGUGAAUUUCACUAAUAAUGCCAAAAUUGUAUUUGAAAAUUCACAGAAAGGUAAAGAAAAAGAAACAGAGAGAGAUUGCUUAAGUUUCGAUCAUAAUAAUGCCAUUAUGAAUGGAAAAGAAACGGAGAGAAUUUGUGCUAGUUUCACUAGUGAAAAUGGCAUUAUUUCCAGCAAUACCAAAAAUGUAGGAGAAUUUUUGCCACCACAACCAUCCUCUACUAUUAAAUCAAUCCUAAAGAACAAAGAAAAAGAAAAGGAACCACCUGUCGAAAAUGCUGAGCUUAAUCAAAUGCAAUUGGAACAGCCACGAAAAUUUGGUUCAAAUGAAGCUAACGAAGCCUUGUCAGGAAUAGUGUUGCCAGCUGCAGAAUUGGAUAAGAUUAUUAAAGCCAAAUGUGGGCAACUGCAAUUAUCCACAAAAAACCGGAUAAUGAAAGCAAACGAGAAAUUUUUCAAUGAUGCAGUAAAUACGGAUUCCGAAAUUCGCGUGGAUGAAUGGCGAGGAAACCUUGUAAGAGGCGAACUGGUUCAAAAUUUGGCCGAAGUAAUAGUAAAGCCAAUGAAGAAUCGCUGCCCUGAUGCAUCAUUUUUAAAAGAUUGCCAGAAUAUGGAUAGACUUGUACUAUCUAAGGUUUUGCCACUGCAUUAUGUCGAAUUACUUUUCAAAGAGACCACACCAGAUAUGUUUCAGCUUUCAAUGUUCACAAUGGAAGCACCUGAAGAUAACAAGAAAUCCAUGAAAAUGUUGGAGAUUGAAUCUGCUAUGCUUAAAUGGAAUGAGAUGAUUGGAUUAAUAUACUUGGACAAAGAAGAAACUAAAUGCUGGAUGGUCAUUCACACUUCAACGAGAACCACAGAAUUCUUUCGAUUAGGAGAAAGACCUCCUUGCCCAUUCUUCAUUAUCUCAAAAACAAUUUCUAUACCAAAGUUGCCCCGUGUCACCCCCAAAGAUACAGAUAGAGAAUUCUUCAUGUCACAAAAUCUUCAUGAUCCAGACAUGUACAUGGCUGGCGUUUUAUCAAUUGCAUCUGAAAAAGGCGACGAAUUUCGCACUAUAUGCGCGAAUAAACCAAAAUUUAUGGUGUUUGGUCCGGAUGAUCUUGCAGAAAUACAAGAAAUCACCAGCGCACUGAAAGCUUUUGGUGGGAUAGAAUGCGCCGAUCAAUCAAACGAAGACAUUACCGUCGUUUUUGUCCAUUUAUCAAUGCGAAAACAAAUAUUUUUCAUAGACAAUUUCAAUGCGAUAAAAAGAAAAAAUUCAUGCCGCUUCUACCAAUUUGGUUGGAGUCUUGAAAGUGGUCUCUAUGUAUUAGAAGAGAUAUUAAAAUCAGGCAAGUAUUCAAGAGGUAUUAUUACGUUUACCAAGGAAGUAUUACGCACUAAACCUAAUAGUACUGCUCAUGCCAACGAAGUCGUCUCGCAACGAAGAUUCGUGAAUCCUACUGAAAAUUGGAAAUUGGUACUAGUGCCUCAAAUGCACAAUGAGCUAGCGGCAUUCGAGAAUGAGUGGAAAUUAAUGUAUCCAAAUAGUCCGAUUCGAACGCCGUAUCAAAAGAUUUAUGAUCUAUUGACAAAACAAAAGAUUCGAUAUUUGGACGAUCAGGAAUUGGGGCCAUAUGGAACCGCAUGUGAUUUCAAAACCCUCUAUAAAACCAUGUUACGAUUGCAUACAUUGUAUGCGCAAGAUCAUCGACACUUUGUUAUUGUGGCUGAUACUAGUGAAAUCGAAUUAAUGCAAAAAUGUCCAAUACAAGGGGUUGAGAUUUUUUCGGAUGAAGAUUUCAUCGCACGGUUUUGCUAUGCAUCAAGAAUAGUAUUGUAA